CCAAGAUUCCCAAAUAAGAUAUUUCUGGGGAAGAAAUCAAGCCAUAGCCUUAAACUUGAAGUAAAAAACAACUCAAAACUCCACAUCUUCAAUCAUGUCUGCAUCAACUUCUUCUGUCAACCAUUUUAGUUAUGGAGAUGUAUACAGAGCAGCAGAAAAUGGAGAGAACCUAAGCAUUCUCCUGAAAUUCUACACAGAAAGACAACAGACAUCACCCAUCAAUAGUAGGGGUGACACAGUCCUCCAUACUCUCAUUCUAAAUCACCACAUAAAGGCUGCCAAUGAGCUACUAAAUUUACAAGUCUUCCAUGGCCUAACUGCAAAAAAUUGCAAAGGAAACACAGUACUACAUGAAGCAGCAAAGGUUGGUGCUCUAGAGAUUGCAAUGUUAUUGAUCCAGAAGGAGGAAAGCCUUAUCUGUGAACCCAAUCUGAUGGGAGAGACACCACUGUACCUGGCCGCAGCUAAUGGACAUACAAAUAUGUUCUGGUACCUAGCAAGAAAUAACUCCCAGGGUCACACUGGAUUGAAAAGAAAUGAUGGCUGUACUGUUCUUCAUGCCGCCGUAAUGGGCGAGUUUUAUGGUCUAGCUUUACAGAUAAUUUAUUGCUACUCAGAUCUUGCUCUUGCUUGUAACAACAAGAGAAUCACAACUCUUCUUCUGCUAUGUGAAUCGUCGUCUUCGUUCAAAAGCCAGACAUUUUACUCGCAGAAUAAUAUAAUCAAGGCCCCGUUCAUUCCGUUGGCAUUUUUGGCAUUAGUAAUCUACUUCUGUAUACCUUCAGAUGCUGCUGUGGAUCCUCCAGAAAUUGAAAAUGGAGAGACUUCAUUGUUGAGAAACAGAAUACAAGGGAUGAUCAGACAAUUAGUUAAUAAAUUUAGAUGGUUUCCAUAUCUUAGAGAAAUUGAUGAUGUGAAGCAAAAGCAUAAAUUGGCACUAGAUCUGGCAAAACUCUUGAUAAGAAAAGAAGUUGAAUAUAUGGAACAGAAUUCACCUACAAGAAAUAUAAUCAAUGACACUCUUAUGUUAGCUGCAAGGUCUGGUAUUGUGGAGGUUAUAGAUGUGAUCCUCAAUGAAUGCCCCAAGUCUAUUGAUUUUCUUGAUGAGAAUGGGAAGAACAUAUUUCAUUUAGCAGCUGAGUAUAGGCAAGUGGGAGUUCUUAAGCUGUUGAAAUCAAGGGGCUUUCUUACAAUUAAGAUGGUUGCGGAUGUCGAUAAUAUGAAGAACACAGCAUUGCAUCUUGCAGCAGAGUAUGCUGAUCAUCAUCAAGAGAAGAAUAUUGAACCAUCGUCACAAAAAAUGUGGCGCGAGAUGUUCUGGUUCAAGCAAAUAAAGGAUGUUUCCCUAGUUCAUCUAUUACAUCUUCAAAAUAGCAAUGGCAAAACAGCAGAUGAGUUAUUCAAUGAUACCCACAAGAGCUUGUUAGAGACGAGCGUGCAGAACGUUAAGGAAGAUUCAGAGAACUCCAUAUUCAUCUCAACCUUAAUUGCAACCAUCAACUUCACUGCAUCAUUUGCUGUUCCUGGUGGUUAUGACCAGGAUUCUGGUCUCCCUAUUUUCUCCAAAACAACAACUUAUUUCUUCUCAUUUUAUAUAUAUGCUUCAGUAGCAUUGUUCUUCUCACUUUUAUCCAUAACUGCCUGCUUGUCCGCUUACCUGUCUCGCUUUCAUAGGAAUGAUUUUUACCUAAUCUUGCCACUCAAAUACCUUGUUGUAGGCAACUCUGUCCUCUUCGCAGUGAACUAUACAGUUUUAGCAUUUGUAUAUGCACUCAUAUCUGUGACAAAUGCCGAAUUUAGAGUCAUAGAACUUGCCUUUGGAAUUUUAGCUGUCAUAGUUGUUAUGGCAGCAGUCAUCCUUAUCUAUGUAGAUAUAAUGUUCCCCUCCUUUUGCUACAUUGUAGAUGUGCUUUUGCACUCUAUUUCUUACCAUUACAAACACAAAUUAAUGUAGCUAGUGGUGUGUUACUUGUUUACAAAUUGAUUUUAUGCUACAAGGGACUUAAUUGAUUUAAAAAUCAUUCUCUUGCAGCCUUUUUUAUUCUUCUUCUUCUUCUUUCCACUCCACCCCCUCCCCCUUUUUUUCUUAUUCUGUUCCUGGUUCUCUUUUUUGUAGUU